GGAUGGUUAUCAACAAGGAGAGAUCGGCGCACUGGUACAGACUGUCAGCAUACUAUCUCGCCAAGAUGACUAGUGAACUUGUCCUUGUCCUUAUACAGCCUACUGUGUUCGUUAUCAUUGCAUACUGGGUCAUAGGUCUGAGUGGAAUAGAAGCAUUCUUCAGUACACUUGGCACAGUUUUCAUUGACUCUGUAGCUGGGCAGAGCUUUGGGCUGUUUAUUGGGAUAGCAUGUAUGCAGAUAAACCAGGCAAUGACAGUGUCUAUCACCUUCCAGAUGGCAAUCAUGUUAUUAGGUGGACUGUUUACAAGAAAUAUUCCAGUGUGGCUGGACUGGAUGAAGUAUUUGUCAUUUCUGCAUUAUUCCUUUCAUUCCUUGAUGGUACUCGAGUUUACAGAUGGCAAGCCUGUAGAAUGUCUUCUUCCAGCAGAAAAUUCAGCAUUCACUAUAUGUCAGUCAGCUAAUGUGACAGAGAUUCCGUCCAAUCAGAUUCUACAGUAUUAUGAUGUGACUUGGUCCUACUGGCAAUAUAUACUCCCAUUAUUGUUGUUUACAAUUAUAUUUAGGGCACUUGGUUACUUUACAUUAAGAUAUUUUCGCAAACCAUUUUGAUGAGGUAUGGUUUUUAGCUUUCAUUUAUAUUGAGAGAUUUUGUUGUCACCCUUUGAUUGACUACACAAAAGUUUUGCAUAUAAGCAGGUUUUUUCUAAAACUUUAGGGCCAAAUGCUUUCAAGAUUUACACAUGUCUUUGGCAUCAUGAGCUGACCUCUUUUGACAAGUAACAUACCUAUAGCUUUUAUUUUGUUUAAAUUAUGCUCCUUUUUAACUUUUUUUUUAAAGUUCUGCAUGUAAGCAGGUUUCUCAAAAACUACAAAGGUUGAUGCAAAAGUGAUGUUACUGCAUCCGUUGUGUUGUAUUGUCAUGAAAAUUAUAUCAAAAUGUACACUUAUUCCAUCCAGAUUACACCAGUAAAUAUUUUUAUCUAGGGUUGUUUCGUUUGAAAUACACAAAAAUUCAAAGUUUACCCCAACACAUAAAUACAAAGAAACUACGACAGUCAUCAGUUUACCCCAAAGUAAUGCCCAAAAUCAUAUACUAUUGUAAUGAUUUUGUGAGGUAUCUUUUUUCUGCCAUAUACAGAUAAAACUGUAAUGGUGUCAUCUCAUGUUUAAGUUUUCAAAGUAGUGCUAACACUGUGAUUUCUGGGGUCAGUAUGGGACCUCCGUGGUCAGGUGGUUAAGGUUGCUGACUUCAAAUCACUUGCCCCUCACUGAUGUAGGUUGGAGCCUCACUCAGGGUGUUGAAUUCUUCAUGCUGGAUUACGGAAGGUCAGUGGUUCUACCCAGGUGCCUGCCCAUGAUGAAAUGAUGCACAGAGGGACACAUGGGGUUUUCCUCCAUCAUCGAAGCUUGCAUGUUGCCAUAUGAACCAUAAUUGUGUUGGUGCAGCGUUAAACCUGACAAAACAAACAAACUGAUGUCAUUAACAUCAGUAAUGUUUGGCGUUUGCCGUUACUAUGCUUUCAUUAAAAGUUUAUAUCUCUGUUAGUAUGCAAAAUACUUUUAGGUUAGAUUAAGUUACUUGCAUAUGAAUUUUUGCUGCUUUCUUUUUAUUAUACAUGUUUAUAUGGCCUUUGUGACAUUGCUUUUGGAUCAACUGUCACAUUUGGCUUAAUCCUUUGAAAUCAUGAUAUGCCAUUAACAGGACAAGUUACAUAACUAGUUUUUAUUUUGUUUAAAUAAUGGCUUUUUUUCAACUUAAGAUAUUUUUGUUAAAGUUCUGCAUGUUAGCAGGUUUCUUUGAAAUUAUUGAACCAAAUGCUUUCAGACUCCACAUAAAUGAGUUGAAUUCACAGGGCAAAUUAUACAACUCUUAAAAAUAGGCCUCUUUUAACAUUUUUUGGAAGUUUUGCAUAUCAUGUUCUUCAAUAUUCUGCACAUCUUUAGCAUAUGAAAAUGACCUCAUAUGGGUAGUUUAAUAACUGUGUGUUACAUUUUGGCAAAACUAUGCCCUUUUUUCAAGUACAAGUUUUCGUAAAUUUUUUUAUAUGUAAGCAGAUUUCUCAGGACCUGUUUACUUUCAAACUCUUCAUAAGUCUUCAGCAUUUGGUAUUCUGAAUAAGAGUUCAUUUAUCUCUGAUGUAUUGUUAUUAAAAUUGUGCCCCUUUUUUCAGUGUAGGAAAUUUUGCUAAAACUUUCGUAUGUAAGCAUUGGUUUUAGGUUGAAGGGCUUCAAAUAGUAGAGUUUACUGUCAUUUGAUAGUAUUUUUACCGCAUAUGUUCACUUAUUUUGAGAUUCAAGUUGCUCAGACUUCCAAGUAAAUACAUUCUUUUCCUUUAUUUUUCUUUUAGUUGAUUAUAUUUAAGACAUUUUAGCUUUAUGCUUUUUGAUUGUAUCAGUCUGUUAAAUGAACAAAACUGUGAUGAAAACAUUCCUUUUGACAAACUGCUGAUGUAAUGACAUUUGAGACAUGCCAUGAGAAAACCAACAUAGUGCAUUUGCGACCAGCAUAGAUCCAGACCAGCCUGCUCAUCUGCCAGUCUGGUCAGGAUCCAUGCUGUUUGCGUCAAAGCCUAUUGCAAUUAGAGAAACUGUUAGCGAACAUCAUGGAUCCUGACCAGACUGCACGGAUGUGCAGGCUGGUCUGCAUCCAUGCUGGUCGCAAACGCACUAUGUUGGUUUUCUCAUGGUGUGGCUCAUUUGCUGUUUGAGAUACUAUAUGGAGCUGAUGCUUACAAAUUGCCAGGAAUCUUGUUAUCUGAAAAGCAGUGCACUCCAGAAGUCACAACACUCACUUGGCACAUGUCACAAUAUAUGAAUUUUCUUCAUAGCCAGAUUUACACCACAUUAUACAGAGUUUAUUCUAAGCCAGAUUUACAGAUCACAUUAUAUGGAGUUUGUUCUUUGCCAGAUUUACAUUUCGCAUUAUACGGGUAUUAUUCUUAGCCAGAUUUACAUUUCGCAUUAUACGGGUAUUAUUCUUAGCCAGAUUUACAUUUCGCAUUAUACGGGUAUUAUUCUUAGCCAGAUUUACAUUUCGCAUUAUAUGGGUAUUAUUCUUAGCUAGGUUUACAUAUCACAUUAUACAGUUUUUUUUCUUAGCCAGAUUUACAUUUUGCAUUAUACAGGUUUUGUUCUAGCCUGAUUUACAUAUUACAUUAGACAGGUUUUACUCAUGGCCUGCCUGAUUUACAUACUGUAAAAUCAUUUAAUUUCGUGGAAAUGAAAUUUCGUGGUUUUGGUCAGAAUGGCAAUUUCGUGGGGAUAUGAAUUUGUGGAUUUCAACUUUUGAACAUAAAAUGAGUGGGAAUUUCACUUGUUCGAUGGGAUUAAAUUUCGUGGAUUGACUCAACCACGAAAUCCACGAAAGUUAAUCCCCCACGAAUAUUAAUGAUUUCACAGUAUUACAUUAUACAGGUUUUACUCAUGGUCUGAUUUACAUAUUACAUUAUACAGGUUUUACUCAUGGCCUGAUUUACAAUUUACAUUAUACAGAUUAUACUCAUGGCCUAUUUUACAUAUUACAUUAUACAGGUUUUACUCGUGGUCUGAUUUACAUAUUACAUUAUACAGGUUUUACUCAUGGCCUGAUUUACAUAUUAUAUAUUAUACAGGUUUUACUCAUGGCCUGAUUUACAUAUUACAUUAUACAGGUUUUUCUCAUGGCCUGAUUUAAAUAUUAUAUAUUAUACAGGUUUUACUCAUGGCCUGAUUUACAUAUCGCAUUAUACAGGUUUUAUUCAUGGCCUGAAUUACAUUACAGAGGUUUUGUUCGCCGCCUGAUUUACAUAUCUCAUUGUACAGGCUGUGUUCAUAGCUUAAUUCACAAAUCACACUAUACAGGCUAUAUUCAGGAGCAGAACUACAAAAUGGGUAAAAGGUUUAUUUUACAUGCAGGACCAACUACCUUUCCUUCGUGAGCACUAGAUAUUGCAUUUUGAAUCCUGAUGAUAAUGAGAUUGUUAUACAUAAUAGCUUUAUAUGAAUUUUGUUUGUAUAACAACAUAAUCAUGUGAUAGCGAAGGCCGUCCAUCUGUUUACAGUUUUGUUUCUGCUCAGUCACUUAAGAAGGUUUUGACCUAUGAUCCUCAAACUUGAGAUGCAUAUUGCUCAGUGCUCACGGGCAGUGCAUGACUGCUUUCGAUUUUGAGGUCAAAAAGUCUAGGUCACAGGGACUGUAAGUACACAACUGUUUCCUUGACCUACUGUCCUCAAACGUACAGGCACAUUCCCGUGGGCAGUGCAUGUUCCAAAAGUGGGUGAAAGAUCACAGUAACUGCUAAUACAAAGACCAUUUCUGCUCUUCAUCUUUAAAAUGCACAUGGGUAAUGGUUGACCCUUAUUGAUUUUUAUGUCAAUGGGUCAAAGCACAAGGACUGUUGGUACAAAAAACAAACUAUGACAAUUUAGUUUCACCCAAUAAUUGACUUAUGAUUCGUAAUUUUGAUAUGCAUAUUACUUGAUAUGUUUGUUAGUUUUUAUAUUUGUUCAUUUUAAUGACUACCUCAGUUUUGUUGUUUUUUAGUAUUGUUGAAAUAUAUAAAAUAUUUUAAAUAGAUAAUUUAAUUGGAUUAUUUAAAGCAUAAUAAGUAAUAUCUGAAACAUUUUCAUUUCUAUUUGUUACAUCAUACAGAUCACCGUUUCCCCAGUAUUUUUUUAAUGCCUUUCUUCGAAAAAUUGGAAGUAUCUAAAUUUUGUUCAUGUCGGUAAAUAACGGUACAGUCUGUGGUUGACAGAUGAUUCUAUAGUUUUAACGGUCAUUAGGUUAAAAGUCAAGAUGACAGUGACCUUGGAACUUUGUUUCAGAGUUCUAUUGGACCUGCAGCAGUCACACAACAGUCCAACUACAUAAGGCGUACCGUUUAUCCUGUGGCCUGUAGAUGACAGCUAUUGCAUUUUGCCAAAGGUCAGCUACGUCCGACAGGCUAUCAUUGGGGCAUAUGGGCUUUACUAAUAGCUCUUGUUAUAUAUUGCAUUUAUAUAGAUAUUCUGAACCAUAUUAUUUGUUACAUUAAACAGAAGAUAUA